AUGUUCUCGCCGCUUCGAUCAUAUCCAGGCCCAAAGCUAUGGGCAAUUUCCACUUUACCCUCGGCAAUCAGCAUUCUCCGCGGACGAAGCCAUACAACUAUGCUAGCAAUGCAUAAUAAAUACGGCCCUGUCGUCCGCAUCGCCCCGAACGAGCUGUCGUUCAAUUCUCCGGGGGCUUACCAGGAUAUCUACAUGCCUCGUUCGGGUAGACCACCCUUUGGAAAACACCCAAGAAUUUAUGCCUGCAAGCUGAACGGUGUUCGCGAUAGUAUAAUUGGAACACUGGACCACGAUCUUCAUGGAAAACAGCGCCGACUGUUAUCUCACGCCUUUUCAGACAGAUAUCUACGGGAGCAAGAAGGCAUUAUUGUGUCUUUUGUGGACAUGCUUAUUUCUCAACUGCGCAAGCAGAUAAACCCGAAAAAAAACCACACAUCUAAGGCAGAUAUCAGUGGUUGGAUGAACUUUACCACUUUCGAUAUUAUGGGAGAGCUUAUGUUUGCGGAGACCUUCGACUGCCUAAACGAUAGCAAGCUUCAUCCUUGGAUCUCGCUUGUGUUUGCCUCCGUCAAGGGAAUCACACUCGUGGCCGUUAUGAAUCAAUUCUCACUGAUCUGGGCAGCGAGUGAAUUUCUUCUACCCGAGUAUCUCCGAGAGCAGAUGCUGAGAGCUGUGAAUGUCACUGCGGAAAAGGCUGAUCGGCGAAUUAAGAAAGGGACAACUCGUCCCGAUAUUAUGUCCGCAUUACUAAAGAAUGGACUGAUUGAUGAAACUAUACCAGACCAUGACUUAAGUGAUAAGAAGGAUUCUUCAAUCAAGGAUCAACCGAUCAUGACUCGGGCUGAAAUUCACUCAAACGCAAUGCUAAUCAUCAUGGCCGGAAGUGAGACUACCGCUUCUCUUCUUUCGGGGUGUAUAUACUAUCUAUGCAAAAACCCAAUUUGCAUGACCGAACUUUGCAACGAAAUACGCUCAGAAUUCUCGGCGGAUGAAGAUAUCACGGCUGCCAGAUGUGCACCUCUCAAAUACCUCAACGCCGUGAUUGAAGAAUCGUUCCGCCUAUAUCCUCCCGUAGCUACUGUCCUACUGCGAGUAGUACCUGAAGGCGGCGAUACCGUGGAUGGAUAUGUCGUGCCAGAAAAUACGACUGUAUCCACUCAUCACUACGCAUCUUAUCGCUCCGCGGCCAACUUCGCGCUCCCCGAGCAGUUUAUCCCAGAACGCUGGCUAGGGAAUGAUGAACGUUUUAACAACGAUAAAAGAGACGCAUUGCAGCCUUUCAGCCUGGGGCCGAGAGAAAUUCGGCUGAUUGUAGCCAAGCUUCUAUUCAACUUCGAUAUUGAGCUUUGCAAAGAGAGCGAGAACUGGGUUAAACAGGACGUUUAUACAAUCUGGAACAAGCCGGCGCUGAUGGUGCAACUACACGAUAGGUUCCAUGAGUAG